GAGGGGAGGAAGAGGGGGCUGCUGCCCCGCCCAGUAAUGUGUCUCCCUGCGCCUCCAGGCCCCCGGCCCCAACAUGGCCCGUCGCUCGCAGUGCUCCUCGCAGGGGGAUAACCCGUUGGCACCUGGGUACCUGCCACCUCACUACAGAGAGUACUACCGCCUGGCUGUGGACGCGCUCGCCGAGGGGGGGCCAGAAGCCUACAGCCGCUUCUUGGCAGCCGAGGGGGCACCUGACUUCCUGUGCCCAGAGGAGCUGGAGCACGUGAGCCGCCACCUGCAGCCCCCGCAGCAUGUUGCCCGUGAGCCCCCUGAGGGCAGCCCCCCCGACGUGGACAUGGAUGGCUCCUCCGGCACUUACUGGCCAGUAAACUCGGACCAGGCUGUGCCUGAGCUUGACCUGGGCUGGCCUCUGACCUUCGGCUUCCAGGGGACCGAGGUCACCACUCUGGUGCAGCCUCCACCCCCGGACAGCCCCAGCAUCAAGGACGAGGCGCGGAGGAUGAUCCGCUCUGCCCAGCAGGUGGUAGCUGUGGUGAUGGACAUGUUCACCGAUGUGGAUUUGCUCAACGAAAUGCUGGAGGCGGCAGCCCGCAGGGUUCCAGUCUACAUUCUGCUGGAUGAGAUGAACGCGCAGCAUUUCCUGGACAUGGCGGACAAGUGUCGUGUCAAUCUGCACCAUGUGGAUUUCCUGCGUGUCCGCACUGUGGCAGGCCCAACCUACUACUGCCGCACAGGGAAGUCCUUCAAGGGCCAUGUGAAGGAGAAGUUUCUGCUCGUGGACUGCGCCGUUGUGAUGAGCGGCAGCUACAGCUUCAUGUGGUCUUUCGAGAAGAUCCACCGCAGCCUGGCGCACGUGUUCCAGGGCGAGCUGGUCGCCAGCUUCGACGAGGAGUUCCGCAUUCUCUUCGCGCAGUCGGAGCCGCUGGUGCCGUCGGCCGGGGCGCUGGCCCGCAUGGACGCCAUGGCGGUCGCACCGUACGCGGGGGCCGGGCCCCUGGCGGGCGUCCCCGGGUUCGGGGCGCCAGCGCCCUUCUCCUUCCCCAAGCGCGCGCACCUCCUGUUCCCGCCGCCCCGGGACGAGGGCCUGGGCUUUCCCUCCUUCCUGGACCCCGACCGCCACUUCCUGUCUGCCUUCCGCCGUGAGGAGCCGCACGCGGGGCUGGCGGGGCUGCGGCUCCCGCGGCGGCUGGACGUGGACGCGGGGCCGGGCGCGGAGCCGGGCGCGCGCGGCUUCUUCCAGGCCCGGCACCUGGAGGUGGACGCCUUCAAGCGGCACAGCUUCGCCGACGGCGCGGGCGCGGUGGAGAACUUCGCGCGGCAGGUGUCCCGGCAGACGUUCCUGAGCCACGGCGAAGACCUCCGCUUCCAGACCAGCCACUUCCACCGCGACCAGCUCUACCAGCAGGGCUACCAGUGGGACCCGCAGUGCGCGCCCGCACGCCCGCAGGGGCUCUUCGAGAAGCUCCGCGCCGGCCGCCCCGGCCUGGCCGACCCCGACGAGGGCAGCCCGGUGCCGCCUGUGCCCGAGCGCAGGGGCAGCCUCACCUCCGCAGAGGCUCCGAAGGCCAGCCCCGCGGAGGAGGCGGCGGGCGGCCCCAUGGAGGCCCUGCGCAAGGGCUCCCUGCGCCUCCGGCAGCUGCUGAGCCCCAAGAGCGAGCAGCGUGGAGAGGAGGAGGGCGGCGCCGCGGCGCCCCAGGAGAACGGGCAGCCCGAGAGUCCCCGGCGGCCAUCGCUGAGCCGGGGCGACAGCGCCGAGGCCGCGGAGGAGCGGGGCGGGCGGGUGCGCCUGGCCUCUGCCACGGCCAACGCCCUGUACAGCAGCAACCUGCGGGACGACACCAAGGCCAUCCUGGAGCAGAUCAGCGCCCACGGCCAGAAGCACCGAGGGGUCCCUGCCCACAGCAGCCCGGAGCUGGGGCGCCCGCCGGCGGCCGGAGACCUGGCCCCAGAUAUGUCCGACAAGGACAAGUGCUCGGCCAUCUUCCGCUCAGACGGCGCAGGGCCGCAGGCCCGGCUGAGCCGCACGCUGCCCGCCAGUGCCGAGGAGCGGGACCGGCUGCUGCGCCGCAUGGAGAGCAUGCGCAAGGAGAAGCGCGUCUACAGCCGCUUCGAGGUCUUCUGCAAAAAGGAGGAGGCCGGGGCAGGGGACAGCCUGGCCGAGGAGGACGCCAGGGACAGCAAGGUGGGCAAGUUCAUGCCCAAGAUCCUGGGUACAUUCAAGGGCAAGAAGUGAGCGCGCCAGGCCGGGCCCCCGCCAC